AUGGCGGUUCAAAACCUAAAGGCUACGGUCAAUUCUUCUUCUUCAAUUCAUCCCGAUUCGAUUGAGCGUGAUGAAAAUUUAAAGACUUUAUUAUCGAAGAAGAAGCUCCACCUCGUACUCGAUUUAGACAAUACCAUUCUUGAAUCGAGUAUUAUUCAAAAUUUAACUACAUAUGAUCGUGAUUAUGUUGGUGUCAAAUUGAUUGAAGAAAAAAAGGUAUAUCAAUGGGUGUAUGAAGGAAAGGGGUUCAAGGAUGUUUAUGUAACCAAAUUGAGGCCUAAUGUCAAAACGUUCCUCCAGAAAGCAAGUACACUGUUCGAUAUAUCAAUUUUUACGCUAGGAAAUCUCACAUAUACAACGAAGAUGAUAGACCUACUUGAUCCCGAGCGUUUGUAUAUUAAUUCACAAGUGAUCACGAGGGAGAAUGUGCCAUUAUCGACACCAUGGAGGAAGGGGCAUGAUCUUUUGUCGUCGCACGAAAGGGUCGUGUUAGUAGUCGAUGAUGCAAAAGACGUGUGGGAAGCUAAUGCUAAAAAUUUGAUCGAUAUAGCACCAUACGGGUUCUUUGACGAUGAGUCCUCGAAUAAGAAAUCUUGGACACGAAAAUGGGCGGAUGAAAGUGAGAAGUACGGAGAACUUGCUCGAGUUUUGAGAGAGUUAAAGAAGAUUCAUAAAGAGUUCUACAAUUUAGAGGAAGGCGAAGAUUAUGAAAGCCGUGAUGUAAGAGAUGCAAUUAAAGAAGUAAAGAGAAAAUUUAGCUUGCAAGGUACUAAGGAAGCGAUGAGUCAACAUGCAAAGGAAACGAUUAAUGAGAUUGAUGAAUGCUUCAAAUCGAUGGAAGUAAAUUGCCGCAAAAAUAGACUAAAUAGAAUUCAGACUAGUCAUGAAGUUAUGUAA